CUCCUCCCCAGUUCCUGCCUUCUGUGUAUUUAGAGUGGAGAACCUUGCUUGCAUUUAGAACCAGAACAAAGAUCCCAGAUGGAACAAGGUUUGAUACUUUUAGUCAGAAGUAUCAGUGACUAAAGGUCACGUUUCCUUUGGUUUGGUGCGUCCUUGUUCCUCCUCAGUGUUCAGGGUGAGUUAUGGGGUCUUCUUGUUUGCUGCAUUUUCCGAGUUCCUCUUGCACCCUUUGGGCCAUAGGCUGUGCCCUGGGAGGGUCCUUUGUGCUCCUUUGUGACACAGGAGAACCUUCCAGGCGGUUUCUGCGUGAGCUGCUGCUGGGAUGUCACAGGAACAGCGCCACGUCCCCGUGGUGUUCCCGUUGCUGUGGGACACGGAGGCCUCAGUGCCCAGAGUGGCUCUGGGCUCGUUGCUGGAGGAUCCUCCUGCCCGAGGCAUUCUCAGCAGCCAGGCCAGCCCUGACGGGUGUCCUUCUGUGCUUGCAGGGCUACAGGCUGCAGACGUGUGCAGCGCAGCCAAAAUGCUCCAGCACGUGGCUGCUGCAGUUUGCACUCUGUACUCUGUGGCUUAUUCGGGGUAUUUUUUAACCCACUUGGCACGGCACCUCAUGUCUACAUUCCGAACAGCUCCUCCUUCGGGCACAAAAGCAGCACCAGCACCUCCUGGGGCUCCCUCUGCUUCCAAAGAGGAGGCCAAAGAGGAGGAAGACAGCAGUGAGCUUCCCGCUGCUCUGGGGUACGAUGGUGAACUUCCCUCAGUGCCGGGAGAUGACAGUGAACUUCCCACUGCUCUGGGAGACGAGGGCGAACAUCCCGCGGUGUGGGAAUGCAACGGCGAGGCUCCCGCGGUGUGGGACAAGGACAGGGGACAUCUCCCGGUGUGGGACGAGUACGGUGGAUGUGCCCUGGAGUGGGACCAGAAUGGCCAAGCUCCCACGGAGUGGGAGGAGGACAACGGACAAUUCGCAGUGUGGGAUGAGGAUGGAGGACAUCUCCCGGAGUGGGAUGAGGAUGGAGGACAUCCUGUGUCUUGGGAAGAGGAGAGUGAACAUCUCCCAGCAUGGGAAGUGGACAGUGACCAUCCCCUGGCUUGGAAAGAUGAUGGCGAACCUGCAGUAUUUUGGGAAGAGGAUGGAGAAGCUGCAGCAUUUUGGGAAGAGGCUGGAGAACCUCCCUCUGCUUGGGAAGAGGACAAUGAAGCUCCCUCUACUGUGGGAUCCUGGGCUGAACAUUCUGACAGCAGCACAGUCCUGCAGCCAGAGGGGAGAGGGGAGUGGUGCCUGAUGCAGCUGAGUACGUCUGCUCUGUUCCUGGGUGCCCGAGCAGGGAACACCGUGAGCGAGGCGGAGCCUGGCCAGAAAUACCUGGAGGUGGAGCAGAUUGGCCAAGGGGCUUUCGGAACCGUUUACAAAGGACUCGACAGGGCCACUGGAGGAGAGGUGGCCAUCAAGAAAAUGAGUCUCAGAGGGCAGAACAGGGAACGAGCUGUGAAUGAGAUCCUGCUCCUGAAGGACAAGAAGAACCCCAACAUUGUCAAAUUUCUGGACAGCUUCCUUGUUGAUGGAGAUGUCUGGCUGGUGAUGCAAUACAUGGAUGGAGGAACUUUGCAGGAUGUUGUCAGACAGAUACGCAUGGCUGAAGGAGAGAUGGCAGCUGUCAGUCGGGAGUGUCUGCAGGGCCUGGAUUUCCUCCAUUCCAACCGGGUGAUCCACAGGGAUCUGAAGAGCUCCAACAUCCUCCUGGGCAUGGACGGCUCUGUCAGGCUGGCUGAUUUUGGCCUCUGUGCUCAGCUCAGCCCUGAGCAGGACCAGUGCAGCUCCAUGGUGGGCACUGCUCACUGGAUGGCCCCAGAAGUUGUGACCAGAUCUCCUUAUGGCCCCAAGGUGGACAUCUGGGCCUUUGGAAUUGUGACCAUCGAGAUGGUGGAAGGAGAACCUCCUUACUUCAAGGAAUCGGCGGCCAUGGUAAGAGGCAAAUUCUGCAGUGGCUGCAGAGGCCUGUGA